AUGUGGUUCAUAAGCACGUUCACGCUGCUGAUACUGCUGUCUCCAUCAGUGAUGCCUAACAAAAAUGGGAAUGUUCGAGAACUUCACUCGUCUCUGCUCCAGAACUAUAACCCAUGGUUCCUACCACUCCAAAACCUCUCGGACCCCACUUAUGUGGAUGUGACUUUCAAACUGAUCAGUAUAGAAAGACUUGAUGUGGUGAAGGGAGUUUUCACCAGCCAUCUUUGGCUGACUUUCGAAUGGGUUGAUGAACUGAUUCAGUGGAAUCCCACUGAGUACUCGAAUACUACACAUCUGAGAUUUCAGCGGAACAAGAUCUGGACGCCAAAUAUUGUAAUCCAGGACACACUUGCUUAUGUUCCAUACCUCGGCUCUGAUGAACUACCAGUUAUCGUAACCAGCGAUGGGAGUGCGAGGUUUGACGUUGAAGUGAAAGCACAGACAUUUUGCAAGAUUGUCAUUACUGCCUUCCCAUUUGAUCACCAUGAAUGCAAAGUUGUAAUUGGCUCGGAUAACUAUUUCUUAAGUGAAUUAUAUAUAUCAUAUUUCGAGGCAAAUGAAUUCUCCCUCGUUGAAAGUCCAGAAUGGGAAGUGUUACAAAUAAAGAGCCAGCAUGAAAGUGAGCUGACACGCAUGUAUAAUCUUCACUGGUUCAGCGUCUCCAUCAGCCUGAAGAGACAGUCGCUGUAUUAUGUGGUGAAUCUUGUCCUGCCAAUCUUGAUUAUAUCCACACUCAACCCGUUCGUGUUCCUGGUCAAGGCGGAAACAGGCGAGAAACUGUCCAUUUCGAUCACCCUUUUCUUAUCUUUCACAGUUUUUGUAACACUUAUCAGUGGUAUGCUCCCUCAAACAUCCUCUAGCGCCUCGCUUAUCUCCCUUUACGUGUGUGUCCAGCUCCAUCUGAGUGGCCUGUACGUCAUCUGCUGUAUAUUCAUCCAACGUGUCAGCCAUAUGCAAGCACACAACAAGGCGACACGUUUUAUGGCCAAAAUGGGGAAGAUGAUUCGUACCAAACGAAUCCGACAACUUACAGAAGAGGAAUCCAAGGAACAGAACGAAGUAAAUGACAGAGAUGAAUGUACGUAUUUGAAAUGUCUUAGUGACAACAUGGACAUAACUUGUUUCUAUAUUUCCUUGCUCAUCUUUACCAUUUUGACCAGUGCUCUGAUGGGCUUCAUUAUAUUGUAG